AUGAAUGCCAUGUGGCUCCUGCCUCUUGUUCUCUGUCUGAGCGGAAGCCAGAUUGGCUUUACCUGCUCAUUGACAAGACAUGUGGUAUAUGUGGAGAAAGAGGAAUGUAGCUACUGUAUGGCUAUCAACACAACAGUCUGCGCUGGCUACUGCAUGUCCCGGGAUGUCAACAUUAAGACCCUACUGCCAAAAAAUGCACUGGUGCAGAAUGUUUGCACUUUCCACAACAUCAGGUAUAUGAUGAUCAGGCUCCCUGGUUGCCCGCCAGAUAUUGAUCCGUUCUACAGACUGCCUGUAGUUCUUAGCUGCCAGUGUAGUCAGUGUGCAACUGAAACCACUGACUGCACCAACGACAUUGCAAAUCAAAAUCCCUACCAUUGCACUAAACCGCAAUGGCGUAUCCCUGCCACAAACUCACGGAUUUUUAUUCUGUGA